GUGGUACUGAACCAGGUGCAUCCUAACCUGGUGUCCCAGCAGGAGGCGCUGCAGUACAUUGAGGAGCUGAUCCUCCUGCUGCUCAGCAUGUUGUGUCAGGCUCAACCAAGGACUGUUCAGGAUGUGGAGGAGCGAGUCCAGAAGAGUUUUCCUCAUCCCAUUGAUAAAUGGGCGAUCGCUGACGCUCAGGCUGCCAUCGAGAAGAGGAAGAGGAGGAAUCCUCUGGCGCUGCCUGUGGACAAGAUUCACCCUCUGCUCAAGGAGGUGCUGGGCUACAAGAUAGACCACCAGGUGUCGGUCUACAUGGUGGCCGUGUUGGAGUACAUCUCUGCUGACAUCCUGAAACUGGCAGGAAACUACGUGAGGAACAUCCGACACUACGAGAUCUCCCAGCAGGACAUCACGGUGGCCAUGUGUGCUGACAAGGUGCUGAUGGACAUGUUCCACCAGGACGAGGAGGACAUCGGCGGCUUCCCUUUGAUGGACGAGGAGCCGUCAGCCAAUGAGGAGCAGAGCUACUACGAGCUGGUGAGGAGCUUCAUGUCGGACGGUCGUCAGUUCCUGAGGACGCUGAACCUGCUGAUCAAGGUGUUCAGAGAGCCCUUCACCUCCAGCCCCAUGCUCUUCUCUCAGCACGAUGUGGACAGCAUCUUCAGUCGGAUCGUGGAUAUCCACGAGGUGACGGUGAAGCUGCUGGGUCUGAUCGAGGACACGGUGGAGAUGACGGAUGAAGGAAGUCCUCAUCCUCUGGUGGGAAGCUGCUUUGAAGACCUGGCUGAGGAGUUGGCCUUUGACCCAUAUGAGACAUACGCUCAGGACACCCUGCGCUCUGGUUUCCAUGAACACUUCCUGAGUCAAGUGUCAAAACCAGGAGCAGCGUUCCACCUCCAGUCUAUCUGUGAAGGGUUCAAAGAGGCUGUUCAGUACGUUCUGCCCAGACUGCUGCUCACUCCUGUUUACCACUGUCUGCACCUGUUUGAGAUCCUCAAGCAACUGGAGGAGAAAAGUGAGGAGGAGGAGGAUAAAGAGUGUCUGAAACAGGCCAUCACCGCUCUGCUCAACCUGCAGAGCAGCAUGGAGAGGAUCUGCUCCAGGAGCCUGGCCAAGAGGAGGCUCAGCGAGUCGGCGUGUCGUUUCUACAGCCAUCAGAUGAAGGGAAAGCACCUGGCCAUCAAGAAGAUGAACGAGAUCCAGAAGAACAUCGAUGGCUGGGAGGGGAAGGACAUUGGCCAGUGCUGCAACGAGUUCAUCAUGGAGGGCACCCUGACCCGCGUGGGCGCCAAACACGAGCGCCACAUCUUCCUGUUCGACGGCUUGAUGAUCUGCUGCAAGUCCAACCACGGGCCGCCGCGCCUGCCAGGCGCCGGCUCCACUGCAGAGUAUCGGCUGAAAGAAAAGUUCUUCAUGCGCAAAGUCCAGAUCAACGACAAGGAUGACAAGGAGGGCGAGUACCGGCACGCCUUUGAGAUCAUCCUGAAGGACGGGAAUAGCGUGGUGUUUGCCGCCAAGUCUGCAGAGGAGAAGAACGGCUGGAUGGCGGCGUUGAUCUCUCUUCAGUACCGCAGCACACUGGAGCGCAUGCUGGACUCGGCCAUGAUGCAGGAGGAGAAAGAGGAGCAGAUGAGGCUGCCGGGAGCUGAGGUGUACCGGUUUGCUGAGCCAGACUCGGAGGAGAACGUCGUGUUUGAGGAGAACGUCCAGUCCAAGUCCGGGAUCCCCAUCAUCAAAGCAGGGACAGUCCUGAAACUGAUCGAGAGGCUCACCUUCCACAUGUACGCAGAUCCAAACUUUGUCCGAACAUUUCUGACCACUUACAGAUCGUUCUGUAAACCUCAGGAGCUGCUGGACCUUCUCAUGGAGAGGUUUGAGAUCCCGGAGCCGAGGCCCAGCGAGCAGGAUCCCAUGGAGGGAGGAGAGCAGCCGCUGAGCGCCGAACUCAAACGCUUCCGCAAAGAGUUUGUCCAGCCGGUCCAACUCAGAGUGUUGAAUGUGUGUCGUCACUGGGUGGAGCAUCAUUUCUACGACUUCGAGAGAGACGCUUACCUGCUGAGACAACUGGAGGAGUUCAUCGCCUCAGUCAGAGGUAAGGCGAUGAGGAAGUGGGUGGAGUCGAUAACUAAGAUCAUCCAGAGGAAGAAGCAGGUUCAGGUGAGCGUUCCCAGUCACAGCAUCACCUUCCAGAACUCUCCUCCUCCGAUUGAGUGGCACAUCAGUAAACCAGGAAACACGGAGCCCUUUGACCUCAUGACGCUUCAUCCCAUCGAGAUCGGCCGGCAGCUGACCCUGCUUGAGUCGGACUUCUACAGGGCAGUGCAGCCGUCUGAGCUGGUUGGCAGCGUCUGGACCAAAGAAGACAAAGAGAUUCACUCCCCCAACCUGCUGAGGAUGAUACGACACACCACCAACCUCACACUGUGGUUCGAAAAGUGUAUAGUAGAAACUGAGAACUUGGAGGAACGAGUUGCCGUCGUGUCUCGGAUCAUCGAGAUCCUGCAAGUUUUUCAGGAACUCAACAAUUUUAACGGAGUUCUGGAGGUCGUCAGUGCCAUGAACUCCUCCCCCGUCUACAGACUGGACCACACCUUCGAGCAAAUUCCAAGUCGACAGAGAAAAAUCCUGGAGGAAGCUCAUGAGCUGAGUGAAGAUCAUUACAAGAAGUAUUUAGCCAAGCUUCGCUCCAUCAACCCUCCCUGUGUCCCCUUCUUUGGAAUCUACCUGACCAACAUCCUGAAGACAGAGGAGGGAAACCCUGACUUCCUGCGCCGACACGGCAAAGAUCUGAUCAACUUCAGCAAGAGGAGGAAAGUGGCUGAAAUCACCGGGGAGAUCCAACAGUACCAGAACCAACCGUACUGUCUGAGAGUGGAAAACGACAUCAGGAAGUUCUUCGAGAACCUGAACCCGAUGGAGGACAUGUCAGAAAAAGACUUUGCUGAUCAUCUGUUCAACAAAUCUCUGGAGAUAGAACCUCGAAACGCCCGAUCAUUGCCUCGAUUUGUGAAGAAGUACACCUGUCCUCUGAAGUCUCCAGGGAUCCGUCCAACCUCAGCGAGGCCUGGGACCAUGCGGCACCCAACACCGCUGCAGAACGAGCCCAGGAAGAUCAGUUACAGCCGCAUCCCAGACAGCGAGGCUGAGGGGGGGGCUGUUUCCGCCCCCAAUUCCCCCCGCACCCCCCUGACUCCUCCCCCUGCCUCCGCCACCUCCAGCUCCACAGACGUUGGCAGCGUGUUCGACUCGCCGCAAGGUCCCAGCAGCCCCUUUCACUCUAGGUCGUCCUCGGUCUCCUCCAUGGUGAGUUUCAGCCGUGGUUCUGAGGACGUUCCUGUUCCUCCUCCUGUUCCUCCUCGCAGACGUCCAGAGUCGGCUCCUGCUGAGUCCUCCCCCUCAAAGAUGAUGUCACAGUUGGACAGCCCCCCGCUGUCCCCCCUCGUCAGCCCACCUGUAAGCUCCUCCCCCUCGUUACUCGUCGUCUCUGUCCUCGUCGUCUCCCCCUGACAGCCCCCCUCCCUCCCUCCUCGGGAGCCUCUCAACUCCCCCUCCACCUCCUGCCCCCUCCUCAGGGCCGCCCCCGUAGUGACCUGCAGGCCUUC